AGCGUGCUGUGAGAGAGGAGAGGAGAGAGGAGAGAGGGCUCACUGCAGGGGAACAGGGAAGUGAGUGGCUGACUGAGUGGGUGAGAGAGAGAGAGUGGGAACGCCGCACAGCACAGCACAGCACAGCACUGCACGUAGUAUACCCACCUAUACGCUGGGAUAGAGAAAGACGCAGAGAGAGACAGGGAGAGAGAGAGAGAGAGAUAGAGAUAGAGAGAGAGAUACAAGGAAAAAGAGACAGAGAGAGAGAGCGAGCGAGUGACCCAACCCAAAGCAAGGCAAGGCAACACAAGGCAAGGCAACACAAGGCAAGGCAAAGCGAGGUGAGGCGAGGCAAGGCUAGGGGGCUCGUGAAAACGAGAGGUCGCUCCUCAAUUCUUCUCCCUCAGUCUUCCAACCCCCUCCAUCAGAAGCAAAAAAAGGCGUAACAAUGGGGUGCACGGCCGGACACCCCGCCUGCCAGGCCCCCCCGGCCCCCAACACUGCCACCUUAGGACCAGGCUGCGGUGGGGAUGGGGAAAUGUCAGACUCGGCAGCCGCCGCCGCCGCAACUGCUGCUGCUGAGAGCCUGGAGGAAGGGAGGGGAACCCCCAAAUCCCCCGAGGUGCUGUCGUCUCUGGAGCGCCUCUCGCAGGCCACGGGCGGCAUGGAGAAGUCCUGGUACCGCUGCAUCUUCCCCUUCGGCAUCUUCUCGCUGGUGAUCGGCAUCGCGGGCACGGGCGUCACCUACACGUACGACGCGCUGCCCCAGACCAAGGUGGUGUCGCUGGUGCUGCUGGUGGUCGGCGUGGUGCUGGUGGCCAUGGCCGUGGCCUGCUGGACGGCCCACAAGAAGAAACGCAGGAAAAAAAAGGAGAAGGGCGACCCUUCCUCUUCACGGGAGCCCGAACUGCAGAGUCCGCUAUGACGGGAGGACGGGACGGGACGGGAGGAGGAGGAGGAGGAGGAGGAGGCGUGAGGAGAGAAAAAGGAUUGGAAGAGGAUCGGAAAGGGAAGGAUUGCGAGGAGGAUUUUUGUUUUUGAAAAGAAGAGAAGAGCAUGUGUUGGUUAUGGCUGUUUGGUCACAGCAUCACUUUAUUUUUUUAAUGUUGUUUUUUUUGUUCUCUUCUUAAAACUACUGAAGAGCUCUGCACACCAAUCCCACUCAGGACGUACAACAGCACACGCAGAAGCAUGUGCACACAAACUUUCUGGAUGAAAAAGUCUUUUUUGUAACCACACACACACAUAUAGUACAUACAUAGAAGCAAACAUACACACACAGACACACACGGACGGACACAUACGGGUCUGUGCAAGAGGCAAGUGCAGGUACGCACGCAGUUUACCGGCACUCCACAGGUAUCUAGUGUCAAAACAACUCGGAAGGAGAGGCGUAC